AACGUGAAAGUAUUACCUAGGUGCCUGUUUCUACAACUUGAAAGGAGAUUAAAUUAAAUCAACACCGGUUUGCUGGACGUUGAACUUUGUCAUUCAUACGAUAAAGAAAACAUUAUUUCCCCUGUCUAAUUCGUUAUGAUGGGAUCAUUAACUCGAUUAUCAUUCACAACAAGAUUACUUGGAACAAAGUAUGGUUUAUAUAGAACCAUGACUGUUGCAGCCACAGAUUACCAAUAUGAAAACUUGAAAGUCACUAAACCAAGUGACUGGGUAUUCCAUGUAGAAUUUAACCGACCCGAUAAAAGAAAUGCCAUCAAUCGAGAAUUAUCAGUAGAUGUUAUUUCUGCCUUCAAAAAGCUUUCCUAUGAUCCAGACUGCCGUGUUGUGGUUCUUAGCGGGGCAGGACGAGUAUUUACUGCAGGGGUUGAUUUUGCCUCAUUAGCAGAAGUUUACCAAGAGACUGGAGAUAUGGAAGUAUCAAGGAGGGCUUUUGCACUUUAUAAAACUAUCAAAGAUUUCCAAGAUACAUGCAGUGCAUUUGAAAAGUGUCCUAAACCUGUAAUCUCAGCUGUCCAUGGCGCCUGUAUUGGAUUUGGUGUGGAUCUAAUAUCCGCUUGUGACAUGAGAUAUUGUACCAAAGAUGCAUGGCUCCAAGUAAAAGAAGUCGACUUUGGUCUCGCAGCUGAUGUUGGCACUUUACAACGUUUACCAAGAAUUAUUGGCAAUCAAAGCCUUGUUAGAGAACUAGCUUAUACAGCGAGGGCUAUAACUUCAGAUGAAGCACAUGAUGUUGGACUUGUGAGCCGUGUUUUUGAUGACAAAGCCCAACUGAUCAAAGCUGUCCUUGAUAUUGCAUCAGUCAUAGCCAAGAAAAGCCCAAUUGCCAUCCAAACUACAAAGAAGAGUUUGCUGUAUUCCCAAGACCAUUCAGUCCAAGACGGUUUGGAUAACAUUGCUGCUUUGAAUCAGGUAAUGUUGCAGAGUGAAGACCUCAUGAAAUCAAUAGCAGAAAAAUCACCAAUCUUCUCAAAACUCUAGUCAUUUAAAUGAGCUGAAACAGUUUAAUAUUUUGUAGUUUGAUCUGUUAUAUGGGAUCAACCCAGGGAGCAAAUGUGUGCAAAUUAAGCAGAAAUAAUUUACCAAUAAUUAACCAAAUAAUUAACAAAGUGCAAUAGGCAAACUAAUCUAUAUUUAAUUCUAAUUAUUAUUUUUUUUUUUUGUGCUAAUGUUUGAUGGAAUAACAUCCAUCUUUGAAAUUUCAAACAGAUUUUAUACUGAAAUAAUGACAAAAUAUUUCUUGGUU